AUGGAUGUAUGUGGAUUAGAGAAGCACACAGCAGGACUGGAUAAACCAAGACCUCCCUUGGUUCCAGCUGAAAGAAACAGCAAUGCAACAGCAGCCGCAGCCACCCGCCGUCCUCGGACGAGGGAAGUUAGUUCUAGGUACAAAUCACCCUCUCCAUCAACACCUUCUGUUGCUAGGCGUUUCCCAUCACCAAGCCUCACUAGAUCAUUGUCUACACCUUCCCAAGUGGUGCCUAAAAGAUCUCAAUCGGCCGAGAGGAGGCGCCCUUCAACCCCACCUUCACCCCCGAGCCCCUCCACACCGGUUCAAGAUUCAUCAGUUGAUGUGCAGUUGCCAUCUAGAAGGUUAAGUACCGGUGGCAGGUUACAAGAGAGUUUAUGGCCUUCUACGAUGAGAAGUCUUAGUGUUUCAUUUCAAUCGGAUAGUAUUUCUAUUCCUAUCAGUAAGAAGGAAAAACCAGUUAAUAAUGUCUCCUCGGAUCGCACAUUGAGGCCUUCUUCAAAUGUAGUCCAUAAGCAGGUUGAAACGCCUACUGGGUCACGGAAGCCUACACCAGAGAGAAAGAGGAGUCCUCUUGAAGGGAAGAAUUCGCAGGAUCAAUCAGAGAACGCUAAACCAGUAGAUGGUUUACAUUCUAGAUUGAUUGAUCAGCAUCGAUGGCCUAGUAGGAUAGGUGGGAGGGUAUCUUCUAAUUCAUCAUUGAAAAGAAGUGUGGAUCUAACUGAUAAGAGUGUGAAGUCCUUGUCAACUCCUGUUGGAAUUGGAUUAUCUUCACUCAGGAGAACGCCCACACCUGAUAGUGUAGUAAAACCUUUACAAAAAUCUGCUAGUGAUACUGCUAGGCUAUCACUAGAAGAAAUUGGCAGAGUAGCGUCUGAGGUGAAUUCGGUUGGUGAUAAAUUGCAGCGGGUAUCUGGGGCUCAGAAGCUUGUUGCGUCAACUUUAUCAGAUAGAGUAUCAUUAGUAACUCCUGCGGUUAGAUCUCAGUCCUUGCCAACUACUGGAUCGCGUCCUGCAUCACCAAGUAGGACUUCAAUCAGUAGAGGUGUAAGUCCAGCUCGGUCAAGACCGUCUACUCCUCCUAGAGGGGUCAGCCCAUCUCGGAUAAGGUCAUCAAGUGUCUCCAGUCAAUCCAAUAAUUCUACUUCAGUGCUUAGUUUUAUAGCGGAUUUUAAAAAGGGGAAAAAGGGUGCAUGCUAUAUCGAAGAUGCUCAUCAGAUACGACUGCUAUACAAUAGAUAUUUGCAGUGGCGAUUUGCUAAUGCCCGGGCAGAAGCUGUUCUUUACAUCAAGAAAGCGACUGCAGAGAGAACUUUAUACAACGUUUGGGACACCACUUUAGCGUUGUGGGAUUUGGUUAUCAGGAAGAGGAUCAAUCUCCAACAGCUGAAAUUGGAGCUCAAAAUGAAUGCAGUAUUGAUUGAUCAACUUCAACUUAGAUUGGAAUUGCUUAAGGUCCUUGGAACACAUAGGGAAGGUGUUGGUUUGAAACAGAAGAAAUGUGAAUUGGUAUCCCUGUUUUUCCUUAAAAUUAGUUUCAUGGGAUUUGAUAUGAAUACAAUAAUCCGUUUGUUCUCUGAGGUGAACACCACCAUGCUUCUGUUUUAUGCUUGUGUAGCACCCGAUUGGAUAGGAUUUGAUAUGAAUACGAUAAUCCGUUUGUUCUCUGAGGUGAACACCACCAUGCUUCUGUUUUAUGCUUGUGUAGCACCCGAGUAUGGUGAAGUAGGAGUGCUGCGUGAUUCAGAGGCCAACACCAGUAGCUGUACGGAGAGGAUAGAUUCUGCAUCUUGUUUCUGGAUCAAAUCUGGCUCUAAAUAUGAUGUGGGGAAGAAGUUUGAUUUCACACUAAUGGGGAACUUUAGCUUAUGGGUCAUUGCCUGUCUUGAUGAUUGGGCUUUACUUGAAAAAGAUCAUAUUAAUUCUUUAUCUGGGGCUGUGGAAGAUCUGGAGGCAAGCACUCUUCGUCUUCCAGUGACUGGUGGGGCGAAGACAGAUAUAGAAUCUUUGAAGGUUGCUAUUUGCUCAGCUGUUGAUGUGGUGCAGGCAAUGGGAUCUUCCAUAUGUUCUUUACUUCCAAGAGUGGAGGAGAUAAAUGCUUUGGUAUCUGAGCUCGCCAUUGUUGCAGCACAAGAGAAAGCCAAGCUUGAUCAAUGUGAAUCUUUAUUGGCGUCAACAACAGCUAUGCAGGUAGAGGAGUACAGCAUUAGGACUCAUCAUAUACAAAUGAAAGAAGCUCUGGAGAAGCAACAACUACCCUUCAUGGCAAUGAAAACACCUUCAUGGCCCUGA